UCCUGUCUGGCCCAGAAAAUAUUUUCUGCUCAAAAAUGCAUGACUUGUGGGUCAAAUUCCACAAUUUGGUGAACGAAUCGCCGUCAAUACCAAUAUUGUUUGGUUUAGGAACAGUUUAUCUUUCGUAUUAUCUACUUUAUGUUGGGAAGAAACCAUAUAUCGCCGCUAAACAAGGGGGAUAUCUACAGAAAUUUGUGCUCAAGUACUGCCCAAGUGUUCAAAAGAAAUUUUGGCCAACAUUUUGGUGUUUUGAAGCAAGAGCUCAAACAAUACUGAGGGCACUGUUGCAGAAAGGACCAAAGUUCGAUUACACAGAAAGUGAACCUUUGUCACUGCCUGAUGGUGGACAGGUCAAACUUGAUUGGUAUUGUGAUGAGAAAAAAGAUGACCCUAAACAACCCACAGUGCUCAUUUUACCAGGGUUAACAGGCUCAAGUGACGACUGUUACAUUCGUAUAUUUGUAAAAAUCACCGCGGACCUGGGAUACCGGGCGGUGGUCUUCAACAACAGAGGCAAUGGUGGAGCGAAAUUAAUGACUCCUAGAACUUACUGUGCCGCGGACACUGCAGAUUUAGAGCAGGUUGUCUCACAUAUAUCUAAAAAGUACAAAGAUGCCCCUCUAAUGGCAAUGGGAAUAUCUUUAGGAGGAAUGAUCCUGUACAAUUACUGCGCCCGCAUCGGUGGCGAUUGUCCGUUCGUCGGUGCGAUGAUCGUCUCUGUGGCGUGGAAUCCUAUCAAGUCAUCCUUGACCCUUGAAAAACCUCUCGACUGUUUUCUCUUCAAUCGGAUGCUGGCGAAAUCUCUUGUCGAGAAAAUUCAAAAGAUUAUGUUAGGUCAGUAUGUCUCCACCAGGGGGCGAUCUGCGUGCAAGCUUGUGGGAGCCAUGUUGCUUUCUUCGGGUUGGGACAUUCCGCCGAAUGUCAAGUUUAUCGAGAGCCCUCUCAACAUGUUGGCCAUCAACAAGCCUUGUGUAUAUAAUCUUUUAAACAGUUUCAAAAGGAACAUGGAGAUGUUUGAGGAUCAGUUUGAUGUUGGACACAUUCUUAAGAGCUCAACCAUCCGUGAGUUUGACGAGCGUUUUACCUCCAAGAUGUUUGGAUUUGCGUCGUGUGAGGCUUAUUACCAACAGGCGUCGCUCCACGACAAGAUUCACCAGAUCAAGAUUCCGGUUCUCAGCCUGAACGCUGCUGACGAUCCGUUUUCAUUGCUUGAGACCAUUCCAGUCAAAGAGAUGGAGGCCAACGACAACAUUGCAUGCGUCAUCACCUCCCAUGGCGGCCAUAUUGGAUUUCUCGACGGACUCUGGCCGCGACGUCACACGUACAUGAAUCGCCUGUAUGCGGAGUUUGUCCAGGCUGUCUUCAGUCACGGAGACGAGUUGGUGCAGUCUUGAUGAGCGUAGUUUCUAGGCGACACUCAAAUUUAGGAAAGGGGCUCAGAUGACACAGCACAUAGGCGACUGAAUCGAGAGAGGUUUCGUCACUGCGGCAAAAAAUUCCCUCUUACUUUUUAGCUCACCUCUUAGCAGAGGUGAGCUUAUCCCAUACCGUGGCGUCCGUCGUCGUCGUCGUCGUCGUCGUCGUCGUCGUCGUCGUCGUCGUCCGUCGUCGUCCGUCGUCCGUUAGCAGGGCACGUUUCGUAACUGUUAGAGCUAUUGAGUUGAAACUUGGUACACAUGUACCCUUAUGUAAUGACACCUUGGAGACCAAGUUUCGGUCCGAUUCGUUUCAUGGUUUGGCCACCAGGGGGCCAAACGUUAAAAGUGAAAAUAUGCAAUAUCUCCCUUAAUAGUAGUCGGGAAAUUUUGAAAAA